AUGGCCGGCGAUGGAAGCAUCGAUUUCCAGGAAAAGGAAAGGAUUUCAAAAGAACUUAGAGUUAGCAUGAACGAAUGGAGAGAAAUUAUAGUAUUGUUAAACGCAAUAAUGUCGUGGCAAAAAAAUUGGUUUCCCGCGAUUACGGUUAUAUGUGUAACGAGUAUAUACCUAUACGUGUGGCUGGUCAACUGUUCGAUACUAAACAUGAUCUGGAUGACCGGCCUAUGCGCCGCCGUGUUGGAUUGCAUCGUAUGUGGUCCGUUCCAAAGGAUCCUGCCACCUAGCAGCUGGGACCAGGACAAGGAGCGCACGUACGCGGAUAUCUCUGAAUGGGUGGCAGAUUGCUGGGUGACGACGAAGCUGUACACGAGCCGAUUUUUCAACCUCAGGCAAACCCAUACCAAAUUGUUUCAUUCUGUCUUAUCGGUAUCGUUCUUCAGCCUUUUGUACAUCGGAACCACAUUCAACAAUAUGUUCAUAUCAUAUAUUACAAUUUUAGCGAUUUUGCUGUUUCCCGGAUUCAAAACCAAAUCGGAAUACAUCGAGGGCAGUCUGCAAAGGUACGCUCAUCAUAUGCUGUCCGGGGACGACGACGAGGCGUCUUCAUAA